GCCAAUUCUCGACCAAAGACUCGAAACCUGUGGUGGUUUCUAUAGAAGGGAUAGAUACAAAAGGGGCCUAUAUUCACAGAGAAACGCUUUUGAAGAUAAGAGAGAAGCCAUAAACAAAAACAUGCUUCAACUCUGUUCCGCUUUCCGUCCUCAACUUCUCUUUUCUCCUAAAAUCCGAUUCACAGAUGGAGUUUUGAUUCCCCAAUUAAACUUUGGUUCGAGCAAUUCACUUGUGAUUUUUCGUCCAGUGAUACGAUGCCAGAGAGUUAGUGGAGGUCGAGGAGGAGCUAACAGAAGCAAACCCGCCAAGCCUCCUGUUAAAGAAGGCAGCAACAAGACAGUUAUCGAAGGUUUAGUGACCGAAUCACUUCCCAACGGGAUGUUUCGAGUUGAUUUGGAGAAUGGAGAUAACAUUCUUGGUUACAUCUGCGGUAAGAUUAGGAAGAACUUCAUCAGAAUUCUACCAGGAGAUAAAGUGAAAGUUGAAAUGAGUGUUUAUGAUUCUACGAAAGGUCGUAUUGUUUUCAGAAUGAGUAGUAGAGACUAAGAAGAAAGCAAAAGGGUUGUUUUAUGAUCAUGCUAUAUUCUAUUUUUAAGCGUAGCCAAAGUUUGAUAAAGCUUGAACAUUUAUGCAGUAUGAAUACAUGAUUAGGUUUUUAUGGAUAAAUCGAGUCCAGCUUUUUGAUUGUUGAUGUCCAAGUUUUUCCUUUCAUGAUACUCGUGUUGUCUUGCGGUUUGAUAAGCAAACGCAGUUGUUAAAACCCUUCUUUAAAACGACUUGUAUGUAAAACAAUAGCUUUGUUUCCAGUCCGUUGAGCUUAGCUCAAUUCAUAUUUUGCAGGUUAAAUGGUCUGAAUAUUGAUAAUUUGCAGUUUUGUAUUGCUGAUAUGAUGUUUUACCUCCAUAAGUCACAGCAAGCCUUGCAUUUUAU